AUGCGGUUUCUGCGCCUGCAUGGCGUGAGGCUCCGUACUGCAGUAGCUGAGGUCUGGCAUGGAGCCGGCAGCCAGAGCAUCGCCCCGCGGCAGCUGGGACCCCUCUGUGUGAUCCGAGCAAAGGCCGUCUCUGCGAAAGAGGUGGAUUCGGGGAACGAUAUAUACGGGAAUCCGAUCAAACGAAUCCAGUAUGAAAUCAAGCAGAUCAAGAUGUUUAAGGGCCCUGACAAGGACAUAGAGUUCAUCUACACGGCUCCGUCCACCGCCGUGUGCGGCCGGCUGCUGGACACCGGCGGGAAGAAGGAGUAUCUCAUUGCAGGCAAGUCAGAGGGCAACGGCAAGAUGCACAUCACGCUCUGCGACUUGGUCUCCACCUGGGACUCACUGAGCCCAACCCAGAAGAAGAGCCUAAACCAGCGGUACCAGAUGGGCUGCGAGUGCAAGAUCUCGCGCUGCCUCUCCAUCCCCUGCUUCGUCUCCUCCUCGGACGAGUGUCUCUGGACAGACUGGGCGAUGGAGAAGAACAACGUGGACGGGCGACAGGCGAAGCACUACGCUUGCAUCAAGAGGAGCGACGGCUCAUGCGCCUGGUACCGCGGCAUGGCCCCCCCCAAGCAAGAGUUUCUCGACAUCGAGGACCCCUAAGCCAAACGAGCGCAUUCCAGUAGCCAGUAGAAAAAAACCUGCGAGAUGUUAGACUGGUCCACGCUGAUAUCAAUUCCUGGAGACAGCAUGAAAAUCCGCUCGGUCGUGGGGGUCCCCGGGCUGCGACAGCUGCCACAUGCAUGCAGGGGGCAGGGAUGGGGACCUGCUCUGUCGCAGGCACCUGGCAGCCCGUGGCCAUGCUGGGUGCUCCUAUGCUCACGGCAGGGCUGAGCGGAGCGUGGGGGCACCCCCUUGCCGGGGCCGCAUCCCCGCCUGGCCAUGCUCAGCCCUGGCGCCCCGGCAGCUGUGAAGGAACCGAACCCUCGCGAGGGAGCUGCCCCAUCUGUGUA